AUGAAACUACAUAUUGAGUACACUUCAGGUAGUGUUGUGGUGCAUAUCUUAUGCUCUAAACGUCCUGCAGAGUUUCUUGAGCACGUUGAGUCUUCUCGAUUCAGUUGCUUGAUGCGUCCCGAGUGUCUCAUCAUAGACCAAGAAGGGCAAGGAUGCAGAAUGACAUUCAACACAGACGGAUGUAGGCGACUUAUUGUCCAAAGUGAACCUGCAGUCCAACCAGAAAAAAGCACUCGUUUAUCUGAAAGAGAAUUGCAGCGGUUCAUUCUAUCUACAAUGGAAACGGUCCGCUACAAGUACAGCAGCUUCUAUCAAGACUCCAUUGACCGAACUCCUACUUUAAAUUACCUCAAUUUGAUCAGUGCAAACUUGGCAUAUCUUGAUAGCAGUCACUCCCUUAAGCUAGUGUCCCCCCUCUUUUUCUGUAGUGAAGAAGUGUGUGCAGAGGCCAAUGGGUGCUGCUUUGAAGGUGAGCAUGUGCCAUCAAACUUGAGCGCUGUGGAGGCAGAACUCCUUGUUCUGGGAAGAGUUUUAUAUAAAUAUGUAGCAGAUCUCCCUUGCUCUGCCUCUCCUCUGUUCACUGAUGAAUCCAUAGUACAUACUGUCAAGCAUCGUGGCUACUCGCAGGAGUUAGGGCGACUACUCUCGACCCUCCUCUCUUUGCAGCACAGCCAGGAGCGCUUUUGGCCUAGGCUAUUGUCAUCUAGCUAUGCCAGCUUUACGUUUUUGUCACCGCUCAAUUGCUCUCCAUUGACACUCUACGACCCAACUGAGUCCAACAUUAGCGAGGAUCUUGAACUAGACAAUACUACGUCGUUCAGCACUGAACUUAACUCUUUUUUCUUGGCUGCGCAGUCUCUCUGCAACAAUACGUUCCGUGCCUCCAGCUAUAAUGCAGAAGAGCUUCUACCCUUUCUUAUUGACAAGGCCAACGUCGCCUGGAUAAUUGAAUAUAUCUAUACGUCCCCUAGAGCGGCCAAUGACCGCAUUGAUGAUAUCUUUUCUACUAAUCAUCCUAAUUGUACUUUAGACCACGAAGACUGUCUCGACAUCUUCGUUGUCCUUUUGCGUUAUAGCUUUGAAGAAUUUACAUUACAGAAUCUUAUUCUGCGAGACACUGAGCUGGCUCGCAAGCUUCUGUUUCUUCCAACAAACCCGUCACAACUUUAUCUCAAGACGUUUAAGCGCAUCGUGACCAGCCUUUUGAUCACUCAACAAUCCACUGCCCUUCUCCUAUUUGCGUAUGCAGAGCAACCUAGCUUGUUUGAGCAAUUGCUUUCCAACAUACAAUACGAGGAGGUUGCUGGGACUCUUCUCACUCUUAUAGAUGUGGGAUCGCAAUUUCAUGACGAAGAAAUCAAUUCGGCGCUGGUGCGUUGCGCUUCACAGGUCAAUCUGUGCGCUCAGUUGGUCACUGCCGUUGGUAGUCGAACUUGCUUGUCAACUCUGCUAUCUAUCAUGCAUUUAUAUGAAAAACUCUUCAAUUGUCGUAUUUCUGGGCUUGUUAUAUUAGCCGUGUCCGAGCUCCCAUCGCUUCUGACCACACUGAAUUCGUAUGUAAGUGAGCUCCAUGCACUGGUUGAAGUCACAGAAGAUUUGAGUCUAUUCGUGUGUACAUGCUUCAAUGCAUGUGGUAAAGUUUUAGCCAUAGGCCUCUCCCUCAUAUUCAAAACAGCUUUGAGGAUGUCGAUAGAGUCAUCUAAUUUUGCUCAAAACGAUUUUCUCUUAUGGCAAGAAAUUGGAAUGGUGUAUCCUCGCAUUGUGUAUAGACUAGGCACUCUAACCAGAACGCUUGUACAAUUUGUCGAUGAGACAACCAGCUCUUAUCCUAGUAUUGUCAAGCACUCACAUACAUCACGGUUUAUUGCUUAUCUGUACCACUACUUAAUGUUGUAUGCACGGAUCCUUUCUGUUACUGCUGACAUCAAAGCAUACUUAUACUUCAAGGAGACUGGAGCUAAGCCUUCGAAUGAGUUUAAUGGAAAGAUACAGCAGCGAGACUCUCUUCAGCGAGUAACGGAACCGUUGCUGGAGGCACCGAUACCAUACUCCGCUCGAGCAGGAUCUGGAGGCCCGUCUGAAAUAGCCAUCUCAGCUACAUAUCUCUUGAAGGAUGGAUGUGCAUUGCCUAUCUCUCUUCGCAAUUUGAUGUUAGAUCUUUUAGAUGCUGGGCUGACUAAGGGGAUGUGCAAGCUUUUCUACAGCUAUCCAGAUGCCACAGCACUCCAUUUUGCGGUUGGCCGCAUCCUCAUCCCCUGUGUUGAGCUGUUUAUUUCAGAUCCGAAUGUACUCGACACCAUCUGCUUGCAGAGCUCCUUCAUUGACGUCGGUCAGGAGUUCGUAAAGAUUGUUGACUGCGAGGGGAAUUUGUGGAGCAGUGGUCUUACCCACUACAUCAAUCUUUUCAGAAGCAUCGUACGACUUGCCGGUGGCAUCUCUGAUAAGAUUAUAUUCACGAUUGACUGGAAGCAGCUGAGGCCCAGGCUUUUUGAACGAAUCUCUAACCUCAUCCCUUUUUCCAUAAAGAGAUUGGCAGCGGCUGCCACCCAUGAGCCUAACCCGACAGUCAAGUACCUGCUGCAAACAGGGGCCAUAAUGGAUCUCAGCACACGCCUACUUGAUCACAGCUAUGACUUACUACUUUCCAAAGUGGCCAACCAAGCGACAGAAAGCAGCACGGAUGACUUUACGGACUCGUCCACUGUCUUUGAAUUCACUGCAUCAAACGCCGAUUCAGCGCUCCUAGAAGCUAUAGUCAACGGGGCGUCAACAUCCCCGUUGGAGGGAUCGCAGGACUCCAUCCAAGUCGACAGCAAUGAGUAUUUCUCCUUCAUGGGGGAGUUUUUGAUAAAUUUCUCCGACCUAAAUCCAUUAAGUGACACACAAUCACAUACUUAA